AUGGGUGAUCAGGCGGCGGUGCGUAUUAUGUCUUUUAAAAAUGCUGGCAAGAGUGCAGACGAGAUGCGUCGUCGUCGUCAGGAAGGGCAAGUAGAACUUCGCAAAAACAAACGCGAAGAAACACUUCAAAAGAAAAGGAACAUUCCUACUGGAACUAACGGACCACAGACGACUAAUGACCCUGUUGACACGGAAAUCGAUGGGACUGGAAAGUCAACGUUGCUAAACCUGGAAUCCAUAGUAGCAAAUGCUGAGAACGAAGACCCAGCUGUCAGAUUGUUGGUCGUUCAGUCAGCUCGCAAGCUUCUUUCCAGUGAUCGGAAUCCUCCUAUUGACGAACUUAUAAAUGCUGGUAUGCUGCCAAAGUUGGUCGCUUGUCUGACGAGCGAAGAUCCCAAUCUUCAAUUUGAAGCUGCAUGGGCCCUAACGAAUAUUGCAUCAGGCACAUCUGGACAGACUCUAGCUGUUGUUCAGGCAGGAGCCGUGCCACGUUUCCUAAAGCUGUUGUCUUCUUCACACCCCAAUGUUUGCGAGCAGGCUGUUUGGGCCUUAGGUAAUAUAAUCGGAGAUGGUCCGGUAUUAAGAGAUUACGUUAUUAAAUUGGAUGUCAUAAAACCACUAUUAAAGCUCUUAACACCAAAUAUACCGUUGAACUUCCUACGCAAUGUCACCUGGGUAAUGGUCAACCUUUGUCGUAACAAGGACCCUCCUCCUCCUGCCGCAGCUAUCAGAGAACUUCUCCCAGCUCUCUUAUAUUUAAUAAAACACACUGAUGAUAGUAUUCUCGUCGACACUGUUUGGGCUAUAUCUUAUCUAACUGAUGGUGGAAACGAUCAAAUUGAAAUGGUUAUAAAUGCAGAGAUAGUGCCUCAUUUGGUCCCAUUGUUAUCACAUUCAAGUUUCAAGGUACAAACUGCUGCGUUGCGUGCCGUUGGAAAUAUAGUUACAGGUUCAGACCAACAAACUCAAGUUGUUUUGGACUGUGGAGCUCUAAGUCAUUUUGCGUCUUUGUUGACUCACCCGAGAGAUAAAAUCAACAAAGAAGCUGUUUGGUUUCUGUCCAAUAUUACUGCAGGGAACCAAAGUCAAGUUCAAGCUGUGAUAGACCAUGGGCUAGUUCCGUUAAUUAUCCAUCACCUGGCUGAAAGCGAGUUCUUGACACAAAAAGAAGCUGCAUGGGCUAUCUCAAAUCUGGCGAUCAACGGAAAUGCUGAACAGGUAAGGUACGUCAUCGACCAACGCGUUAUUCCUCCACUCUGUAAAAUGCUAAAUACUAGAGAUGUCCAGGUCGCUCAAGUUGUUUUAGAUGGAAUAUCAAAUAUAUUAGCAGCAGCUGGCGAUAACUUGGAACAGGUUACAACUGCAAUCGAAGAAUGUGGUGGGUUGGAUCUUAUCGAAGCCCUUCAAGAACAUACAAAUAUCGACAUAUAUCGUUUGGCAUAUGACAUAAUCGAACGAUAUUUUAACGAAGGGAUGAUUGACGAUCCAAAUACAACUGGGGUUGCUGAAGAUGAACAUUUGGGUGAUUUUAUCUCGGUACCACAAGUUCCAGCUACUUUCCAGUUUGAUGCUGAUCAGUGUAAUACUGAUGCUACUAGAGGGUUCGAUUUUUAG